AUGAAAACAUAAACGUUUAUCUCGCCGGUUGUGCUGUUCAUGUUCAAUACGGGGCCACGGUAAGCGAGUUCUCUCUGUGUUCGGCCACCACCACCACCGUAGUUCUGUUGUAUUCGACCAUGGACAGCCUCUCUCUUCCGUCGUUCUUAUCUGGAAGAAACUGCAAAUUUUACGGUCACAGCAAUUUUUGCGUGCUGAGAAACAGUCCUGCCCCAGUCGGUAGCAGAGCCUUCUUUCCCCAACGUUUGAACAGCAAGAGCUUUCAGAAGCAAAUUUACUUCAACCACCGUUGUGUUCGUUUCUCUCCAUUCUCGUGUUCAGCGACUCUAUCAGUAAUCCCAGAAGUGGAAGAGAAGCAAGUAUUUGAUGGAGAGACAGCUAAUUUACUGGUUAAAGAGCUCAGAAAAAACUUCAAUUCUGGAAGGACAAAGAGCUAUGAAUGGCGGAUUUCGCAGUUGGAGAGCAUAGCCAAGAUGCUAGAAGAAAAGGAGGAGGACAUUAUUGAAGCGCUUCAAAAAGACCUUGCUAAGCCUGCAUUUGAAGCAUUCAUAUCUGAGGUUUCCCAGGCAAAAUCUGCAUGUAGCGAGGCAAUUCAAGAACUAAAGCAUUGGAUGAAGCCUGAAAAGGUGAACACUUCAAUUACAACAUACCCAUCAUCAGCAGAGAUCGUUUCAGAACCAUUAGGAGUUGUAUUGGUCAUCUCAACCUGGAACUUUCCCUUCUUGCUAUCAAUGGAUCCUGUAAUCGGGGCUGUUUCAGCUGGAAAUGCAGUUGUUCUGAAACCAUCAGAAAUCUCUCCAGCUACAUCAUCACUUCUUGCAAAUCUUCUCAAAGAUUAUCUUGAUAACUCUGCCAUAAGAGUUGUGGAAGGAGCUGUUCCUGAAACAACUGCAUUAUUGGAGCAGAAGUGGGACAAGAUACUUUACACAGGUAGUGCCAGGGUCGGUCGCAUUGUCAUGUCUGCUGCUGCAAAACACCUUACACCAGUGAUUCUGGAACUCGGAGGAAAAUGCCCAGCUGUUGUUGAUUCCAAUAUAAACUUACAAGUUGCUGCAAGAAGGAUAAUUGCUGGUAAGUGGGCAUGUAAUGCAGGGCAAGCGUGUAUUUCUGUUGAUUACAUUAUCACUAAAAAGGAAUUUGCUCCAACACUGAUAAAUGCUCUAAAAGAUGAAUUGGAGCGAUGUUUUGGGAAAAAUCCAAUUGAAUCAAAAGACAUGUCACGGAUUGUGAGUCCAUCGCAGUUUGCGCGCCUGGUAAAGCUUUUGGAAGAAGAUCAAGUAGCUGAUAAAAUUGUCCUAGGAGGCCAGAAGGAUGAGAGCAAACUAAAGAUUGCUCCAACCAUUUUAUUGGAUGUUCCAGAUGACUCUACAGUAAUGCAAGAGGAAAUAUUUGGACCCAUAAUGCCAAUCCUCACUGUGAGUUAUAGGAAAAUAGUAUUCAGGACCUGCCCACAUGAAUUUAUGUGGAUUGAUCUCUUCACUUCUGUUUUUCAGGUUGAAAACUGGGAGGAUAGCUUUGAUAUAAUUAGAUCAAAGCCAAAACCUCUUGCUGCAUAUCUCUUCACAAACGAUGAGCAACUGAAGAAGGACUAUGUGCAGAACAUAUCUUCCGGAGGAAUGCUCAUCAAUGACACUAUUUUACAUGUUGCAACGCGAGGAUUGCCAUUUGGAGGAGUGGAAGAGAGUGGGAUGGGAUCAUACCAUGGAAAAUUCUCUUUUGAUGGAUUCAGCCAUAAAAAGUCAGUAUUGUAUAGAAGUUUUGAUGCAGAUUCAACUGUACGGUAUCCUCCAUAUACGCCUCAGAAGGAAAGAUUGUUGAAGGCACUUAUCAGUGGGAACAUUUUUCAAAUAAUUCUCUCUCUAAUUGCGUGGUCUAAAUAAAUUAUGAUUCACCCACUCACUUGUAGUUGUAGAAAUGACAUUUAUAUGAUCGAUGAGUUCAAGCCCUGGCAUGGUUUAUAAAUAAGGCUUGUCUUAAUACUUCAUGCGUUGUGUUCUCUGUCAUUA